AUCCACUGACUGUUUAUUUCUUGUAAAACCUUGACCUUCGUUAAAAAGUAUUCUUCCUGUGUACGGGGAAACGCACAGCUCAUGCAAAAGUGUCACGUGACCAGGCAGGGUGUUUUAGAGGUGUGGCAUCCAGGAUGCCGUCUGGUAAACCGGGAUUAGAGGGGACACAACCGUUUGCCUGUCUGGAGCCUAUACAGCGUGGACACUUUGCAAGAAAGCGGGACGAAUGGACACAGGAGGGUGACCUGACAGUAGGACAAACAUUUCUGGUGACCCCCUUGGUUCAGGCGGCAUGAACAAGCUGGCAAACUGACGGGAGCAGAACCACAAUCUGUUGAUGGUCUUGACAGGAAGUAACUCUUUGUGCAAGAUACCACUCGGACACACGUGGCUGUACUGGAGAAUAUCUCUCUCCAAACAAGAAUUUUCAACUUGAACUCCCCAUUCUGUUCACUGAAGGCAGAUUGUGUUGACAUCUCAUGACAUGGAGGACAAAACCACAAGGCCCGACAUGCCUGAGAUGACCGUUCGUCUUUUGAUCAAUUAUAAUAAAUCCCACAAGACUGUUGUGAGAGUCAACCCGCAGGUGCCCCUGGAGAUGCUUCUCCCGGUGUUAUGUGACAAGUGUGAGUUAAGGGUCGAGACGACGGUCCUUCUGAGAGACGAUCAGUCCAAAGAGCCGCUGGACAUCGCCAAGACUUUAAAUGAGCACGGUCUAAGGGAAGUGUAUGCUCGAGGAACGGCGGAUCCCUUGGUUGAUCAAUACCAGUCCGAUACACCUGAAGCAGCCUAUCUGGCUCCUGUACAACAUUUGGAAGGUACGCCCGUGAAGACAACGAAACCGAAGGAGAUGACAGGGUUUCUCAGCUUGUUCCAAAGACUGAAGAAAAAAGAUGACAUGGAAGGGACAGAAAGACUUCCGACUUCUCCUGGCCUCCACCAACAAAAGUCUGCUGGUGUGACCGAGCAGAAUCUGUCUUACCCAAACACCCCGCGGAAAGAUAUAUCCAAAAAGAGGCGAGCUCCACCACCCCCCAUGGGUGUAUCCCAGAGCGUCCCCGACAACCUCGACGACCUCAGAGGAUUACAGAGACCUGCUGCCUCAAAUUUAAGAAAACCCAAGAGGAAGGCCCCGCCCCCUCCCAUUGUGAACACACAGAAAAAUCUGCAGGUGAACACACCUGAUGAAGAGUCUGUGUUCCCUGAGCGGGUUGAUUGAGAACUUCCGGUAUUGUCCUCUUUUCCGAUUUCCUCCUGGCUGGAUGCAUCUUUCUCCCGAUCAUCUUCAUUCAUGGAAUCACUAUCCCCUGCUGCGCACACAAAAUGGAUGAGUUACACAGCUUGAAUUAAUGUAUGAAGGUUAUAGGAAUGCUUGUUUUUAUUUUUUUUUUCCUAAUUUUGUUCUUGUAUUAUGUUUUUUUUCCCCCCACACUAUUAUAAUCACUUAUUGUGUCCUUGUACUGACAGGUUUGCAUCCAUGAGUCUUUUUUUUUUUCAGAAACAAGCCAAUUUUAAGUACCAAAGAAGAGCUCAGCUAAUUUUAUUUAUUUUAAUUAGCUAUUUAUGUAUUUUAAAAAGAGCCAGAGCCAUGAUGGAUAUACCACAUAGAAGACUUGUUAAGUGUUGGAGUUUUUUGGUAAAAUAUGAUAUAAUUGAUGUCAUUUAUUGAGUGCCUUAUUCACAGACCUGCCAACAUGCGCAUUUUUCGUACAUGGCACACAUUUGACCUAUUUUUUUUUAAAGUUUUGUAAAUAAAUGCAUACAAUUUUAAGUAAAUGUAUAUCAAUUUUGUAAAUAAGAGCUAUUAUUUUGUUGGAAAAAAAUAAUAUACUGUUAGAAAGCUGAUAGCUUUUGCAUGUUUAUGUCGCUCAUUUCCCGAAGCGUUUAUUCCCACUUUGUUCGGGGGUCCUUGAAUGUACCAUAGCUGUGUGCUCUCAGAGAACAGUUUCUCUGGUGCUGUCACAAAUAGAUUUUUCCCGUUCCUUGUCAUUGUUGUUCUCAACUGCAGAUGUGUGCGAGUUCAUAAAGGUAACGCUUGAUGACGUUAUGGACUGUAUAUGCUGACCUCAUGUUUGUAUUUAUUGGGUGUCAGGGUAACUCCAACUUCUGACAUGAUGAUGAUGAUGUC